AUGAAGUCACACCCUGGGCUGAGGAACAUUUUCGAUUUCCUCCUCGUGGCCGAGUCCUUGGCGAGCCUCACUUUAAACACCGGGAAUCUCAGUCUACUCCGGAUCUUCCGGGUGUUCCGUCUGAUCCGAAUUGUCAGACUGGUCCGGACUGUCAAGGCGUUGCGCCGGUUGCGGACGAUGAUCUUCUCCAUCCUCAACUCUUUCGUCGAUCUCCUCUGGGCGAUCGUGGUGGUGAUCUUGAUUAUCUACAUCUUUAGCAUCAUCUUCAGCAACGCCGUCGCGCUGUACUUCGAUGAGGUGCACAUGGGAUUGGAGGAUUUGGACAACGGCAACAAGACACUGGUCAUACAGCAGGCAGCCGAGGUGAGCGCGGAAUUCGGCGACCUCUACAGCUCCAUACUCGCUCUUUGGUCCGCCGUGAGCGGCGGAAAUGACUGGAUGAUGUAUGGUUCUCUGCUGAGAGGCAUAAGCCACGGCGAGCUCUACUUCGUCAUCUUCAACUUCUACAUCGCGUUCUGCGUCAUUGGAAUGUUCAAUGUGGUCACGGGUGUCUUCGUGGACAGCGCCGUUUGUUGCAGGACAGAAGACGAGGUGGUUCAAGGUUACAUCGAUGACCUGAGAAAUACGACUCGAGAGAUCAAGUCCUUCUUCCAGACUGCAGACACCGACCGGUCAGGGACUUUGACAUACGAGGAGUUCAAGAAGCAGCUGGACGACCCUCUCGUCAAGGCAUACUUCUCUGGGCUGGACAUUGACCCAUCGGAGGCCUCGAUCAUCUUUGCGAUCUUGGACGCAGACAAAAGCGAUGAGCUCAAGAUUGAUGAGUUUGUGAACGGCACCAUGAAGCUGAAAGGAGCUGCCACGAAAUUGGAUGUCAUGACCAUGAUGUUCGACAACACCAAGCAAACCAUCAAGUUCAACAACCUGUGCGAGUUUGUGGAGCAGGAGUUCACAGACAUCAGGAAGGGGCUCCUCCUGCUCGCGAAGAGCGUCCAAGAAGUCCGGACCGAGGCGGCAGCUGCUAUCGAGCUGUCGGCAGCAUCGGCGGCAUCGCCGCCGGCGUCGCCUUCGGCUGCCUCCCCUGCGCCCCCGGAAACCACGGCACCAUCGCUGCUCCACGAGGAGGAUGCCGAAUCCAGACCCCAAACUCCCAGGCCAUCCAAGCCGCCGGAAACCGAGCAGCGUCCACCGAGUUCCGAGCUCGGCCAUCCGCGUCAGACCCCGCUCCAAGACGCCGGACUCGAGGGCGGAGGGCGAG